AUGGAUGUUGCUCAAAUUUUUAUUUGUGAGGAAUGUGGAUCUGCUUAUACUGGAAGAGAAUUAUAUAGCCAUCACUUAGAAAUUGUUCACAAAAAAAAAACAAAUGCCAGGAAAAUUAUAGAGACUGCUAAAGCCAAGUCUGGAAAUGUGACCAGUGCUCCGACUUAUGUCGAAUCUUAUCUCUCUUCAAAAACGAUUAAGGAUGGAAAAGACCCAAAUAACAAAAAUCAGAAAGCAGACUUUCCAAGAGUCUCUAUAGACCCCUUUGAACCCAAGGAGAAGAAAUACAUUGAGGAAAUAGGCCGGGGAGUUGCUGCUGAAAAACUUGCACAAUACCUUAAUGCCACAGGUUCUUCACUCGCAAAGGAAAUCCCAAAAUCAAGUCCACCUAAAGAGGGAAAACCAGCUAACAAAGAUUCCGAAAAAAAAUCAAUGCGACUAGAUGAAAUUUCUAAGAGCCUCCUGUCUGUUCAUUUGGACAUGGUCAAGCUUUCUCAAAUCCCACCAAUUUUAGGGCUACAAUUAGAAGUUUCCAUGGGCCAACUUACAAACUGGUGCAACCAAGUCGAGAAGUACAUAGAAGUUAAGGGGCAAAAAAAGGGUUUAUUUAGAGCAAAGAAGAAAGUUCUCCUGUCUAAUUUUGAAAAAGUUCUUCUUCAAUCUAGAGAAUAUAUUAACAACACUCUACGUCCUGAAGUAAAGAAGUGCUCUGCAAUUUGCUCUUUAUUAGAGCAACAAUUCAAUGAAGUUGAAUCAAUCAGAACAAAAGUUAAUACCAUGAUCAAAAGUGGUUCAUACUCAUCUUCUGAAAGUUCCGAGUUGGUCUCCAAGUACGAUGAAAUCUCAAAGACCUUCCUACGUGAGAUUGUUCACAACAAUAAAAAAGCACUUUUUUGGAAUGCAACAGUUGAGGAGAUUCACAACCAAGUCAAGGAAAUGAUUAGAAUGUUCAAUGAACAAAUCGAUAUGUUAUCAACUGAAUUCAACUCGAAAAUGAUUUUUACUUUGUUUUUGCCACAAAAGGUCAUUUUCAUCUAA